AUGACGCAGGUGUUUCGCAACUGAACUUGCGCGCAACAUGGCUGCCUCCAUGAGGACACUUGCCCUUAGAGCUCUCUGUGAAUCCAGGCGAAAUAUUAAUCGUGUUUCAAGGAGUCGAAUUAAACAUUCGUGUUGUGGCGCUUGGUUGACAGUAUGUCGCGGGUACAGUGAUGGAUCAGAAGGGAAAAGUACACACUUUGGUUUCGAAACAGUGCCAGAGGAGGAGAAAGCAGACAGAGUGUAUAAAGUGUUUGAAAGUGUGGCCAAGAAGUAUGACGUGAUGAAUGAUGCCAUGAGUUUGGGAAUACACCGCCUUUGGAAAGACUCGCUGUUGCAUGCAAUGAACCCUCAGCCUGGACUACGGUUACUAGACACGGCUGGUGGCACUGGUGACAUCUCUUUCCGCUUCCUGGAAUACACGCGUUCAGUUUAUGAACGCCAGCAGCGGCAAAAAGUAAGGUCCGGUCAGACGCCAUCAUGGAGGGACAUCGCUGAACAUUAUGCAACAAACAAGUCAGGCCUUCCACAAUCUCGGGCGGUGGUGUGUGAUAUCAACAAAGAAAUGCUUAAAGUUGGUAAACAGAGGGCGGAGAAAGCAGGAAUCGGCACAGGUCUUUCGUGGGUCGUGGGUGACGCAGAAGAGCUCCCAUUUGAUGACAAUCAGUUUGAUUUAUACACUAUUGCAUUUGGCAUCAGAAAUGUCACGCACAUAGAGCAGGCCCUGCAAGAAGCGCAACGUGUCCUUAAACCAGGCGGACGAUUCUUGUGUCUUGAAUUCAGCAAAGUAUCCAACCCUGUGCUUGCAAGGCUUUAUGAUGCAUAUAGUUUUCAGAUGAUCCCUGUGUUGGGGGAAGUGAUCGCAGGAGACUGGAAGUCAUAUCAGUAUCUGGUGGAAAGCAUCCGAAAAUUUCCAGACCAGGAGACAUUUAAGGAAAUGAUCGAGGAUGCUGGCUUCUUCUGUGUCCAGUACUUCAACUUGACCGGAGGAAUUGUUGCUAUUCAUUCAGGCUUCAAGCUUUGAGUGUCUGCCUCAUCUUGAAAUUAUCUUCAAAUGAACUCUGACAAGAGACAAAUGCUGUUUUACAAGUGUUUAAAAUAGGUUAUCUGACAAAACUGUGCGGGUCAGCGUGACACUUGGCUGAUGUAUUUAUGUCCCGUUUCCUAUAUGGAGACACAUUUCACUAUGUGAAGUGAAAAAUGAGUUAAAAUGUUUGAAUUUUGGGUUUGAUUCAGCAUACCUUUUUAAUGUCUUAUUUAAAGUAACUGGACAGUGUGGUUUGGUUCUUGGCACUGAAGAAGCACACAUUGACAUUAAUAAAUUAAAAUGAUUUA